AUGAGUCUUCGCGAUCUGGUCGAAGGUGAGGCCAUGCUGGAUGAUGAAGAGAACGAUGAAGAGCUGGCCGAGGACUACGAUGGAGAGGCCGGCGAAGGGGCGAGGACCGCCAACCAUUACAAUGAUUCCAGCGAGGAGGACGAGGAUGAAGAUGAUGAUGAAGAGGCCGCUCGCGCCGUCCGUGAAGGAUUCAUUGACGAUGACGAGGAGAUUGAGGAUCGCGCCAGGCGCAGGCGCGACAAGAAACGAUCACGCCCUCGGGAGGAAGAACAUCUGGACGAAGAAGAUCUAGAAUUGAUCGGCGAGCACGUCCCUGGACUCAAUCGGGGAACAACUUCUGAUUCCAAAUUCAAGCGUCUGAAGAGAGGCAAGGAUCGUGACCACCGCCAACCAUCCCAAGGUAUUGAUGAUAUGUUCAAUUCGGAUGAGGAAGAAGAAGCGCAGCAGUAUGGCCGAGCCAGUCACCGUGGCCGUAUGCACGACGAAAUGGACGACUUCAUCGAGGAGGACACCUUUUCCGACGAGGAGGCACAGCGUGAGCGGGAUGACCUUGAAGUUGCGGCUCCUGUCCGAACCGGCGUACCCGGUCUUGGGGCCACCGAGGCUGCCGGCUUGGAUGAAAAUGCAGUGGAAGAUUUACGGGCUGUCUUCGGCGAUGGCUCGGAUUACAGAUUUGCUUUAGACAUCGAAGAACAGGAAGAAGAAGACAAGGAGAAUGAAGAGCGACACCUGGACCUGAAGGACAUCUUUGAACCGUCGCAGCUUGCGGAGCGCAUGCUGACCGAGGAGGAUAACGAGGUCCGUCUGCUCGAUGAACCCGAACGCCACCAGAUUGCCCGCAAACCAUAUCGGCAUGUCACGCUUUCCGAAGAUCAGUUCCGUGAGGAGGCUAUCUGGAUUUCUAACCUGAUGUUGCUGAAGAAGCGCAUGGAGCCAGAGCUGCGAGAGCCGUUCCAGCGGUCAGUGGCCAAGAUGUUGGAGUUCCUGGUCACAGAUGACUGGGAAGUCCCCUUCAUCUUUCAACAUAGAAAGGACUAUAUGAUUCACGCAGUGAAGGAGCCAGUCAGCGGAGCCGACCCUGACGACGAGUCUGCGCAAUAUACCAUCCGAGCCGAGAAGCUUUUGAACAUGACCGAUCUGUGGGAUAUUUUCGAAUAUGAUCUCAAAUUCCGUGCACUUGUCGACAAGCGAAACACUAUUCAGAAGACGUAUGACGGCCUGCAAACCGAUUAUGGUGUGAACGAUGCCAACGUGGAGGAUCUUCUGGAAACUGCUGCCACCAUGGAGGAACUUCAAGAUAUUCAGGAUUAUAUUCACUUUCAAUAUGCUUCGUCGCUGCGCGAUUUGUCCUCGCUCAAUGGAGAUACUAAUGGUGAACCACUUCGACGGAAGGCGACCAACAAGUCCUUCUUCGAGCGGGUGCGGAAUGGCAAUGCAUAUGGCAUGGUCCGGGCUUUUGGCAUCACUGCGGAUGCUUUUGCUGGCAAUGCCGCCAAAGAGGGCCGUCGACAGUAUACCGAGGAUCCAGGCGAACGACCGGAGGAGCUGGCAGACCAGUUUGUCGACACUGACUUCUCCAACUCCACACAAGUUCUGAAAGCUGCGAAAUCGAUGUUUGCCGAAGAACUCGUUAUCAGCCCCAAGAUGCGCAAGGUUAUCCGGCAGGCGUAUUACAUGAAUGGAGUUGUAGACUGCUUCCGAACAGAAAAGGGCUUGCGCCGAAUCGAUGACCAGCACCCUUACUACGACUUUAAAUAUCUGCGCAACCAGCAGCUCAGCGAUAUUGCCCGCCGACCAGAAAUGUUCCUUCGAAUGCUGAAGGCGGAGGAAGAGGGCCUGAUGGAAGUAAAAGUCCGGUUCGAGAACUUUGACCAAUUCCGCCAACGCCUGUACGCCGAUAUCGAGUCAGACAACUACUCAGAAGUGGCUGAUGCGUGGAACCGCCUGCGUCGUGACACGUUGGAUUUGGCUCUUAGUAAGCUAGAGCGAACCAUCAAUCGCAGUGUCAAGGAAAACAUUCGACAGGAGUGUGAAAACCAUGUGGCGAAAGAGUGCCGUGAGGCGUUUUCCCAGCGUUUAGACCAGGCCCCUUACAAACCGAAGGGGAUGGUUCUUGGUACCGUACCCCGCACUCUUACCUUUUCUACUGGUACCGGCACUGUUGGCAAAGAUCAUAUUUACUGGGUCUACAUCGAAGAGGAUGGUCGUGUGCUUGAGAAUGGAAAGUUCAAAGACUUGUCCGUGGGGGAUAAGAGCCGCGGUAUCGAUGACGGUGCGGAUGUGGCCGCAUUUGUGAACCUAGUAGAGCGGCGCAAGCCAGACGUUAUCGGUGUUUCUGGUAUGACUCCGGAGACCCGUCGUCUCUAUAAGCUUCUCUCUGAAGUGGUUGAUCUCAAGGACAUCCGUGGAGCGCCAUAUACAGACGAUCGCGAUGAAGAGGUCAGUGACCGUCUUGAGGUCGUAGUUGUCAAUGACGAGGUUGCUCGUCUGUAUCACAACAGUCCUCGCGCAGCUCUCGAUAAUGCAGGCUUCGGGCCCUUGACUCAUUACUGUGUGGCUUUGGGUCGGUACCUCCAGAGCCCUCUCAAGGAAUAUGCUUCCCUUGGUCGUGAUGUUGUUUCCAUUCAGUUCAAGCCGGGACAACAGCUUGUAUCGCAAGAUUUGCUGCUUAAGCAGCUGGAGACGGCUCUCGUCGAUAUGGUCAACUUGGUUGGCGUCGAUCUCAAUGAAGCAGUCAACGACCAAUUGACUGCUAACCUCAUGCCGUAUGUCUGCGGCCUUGGUCCCCGCAAGUCAGAACAUUUGAUCAAGAUCAUGAAUAUGAAUGGAGGCGUUGUGAACAAUCGAGUGGAGUUGUUGGGUGUGAACGCACAAUACCCCGCGAUGGGUGUCAAAGUGUGGAACAAUUGUGCCAGUUUUGUCUACAUUGAUUUCGAGAAUGCCGACCCUGAUGCAGACCCUCUUGACAACACCCGUGUGCACCCUGAAGACUAUGAUAUUGCACGCAAGAUGGCGGCGGAUGCUUUAGAGCUCGAUGAGGAAGAUAUUAAAGCAGAGACAGAUGAGAAUGGUUCUGGCGCCAUCGUGCGGAAGUUAUUCCGUGAUGAGCAACAAGACCGUGUCAACGACCUGAUUUUGGAAGAGUACGCCGAGCAGCUGGAGAAGAAUUUGAACCAGCGCAAGCGUGCGACUUUGGAGACAAUCCGUGCAGAACUGCAGCAGCCUUACGAGGACUUGCGCAAGCAGUUUGUUUUCCUUAGCACUGAUGACAUUUUUACCAUGCUUACGGGCGAGACCAAUGAGUCACUCAAACCCGGCAUGGUCGUCCCUAUUGCCAUCAAGCGGGUCUUUGAGGACCAUAUCGACGCGAAGCUGGACUGUGGAGUCGAUGCGCUGGUCGCAGAGACCGAACUUGGUCUUCCCUACGAUCUUCCUGUGCGUAAUGCGUACGCCCCACACCAGACUGUCCCUGCCAAGAUUGUCUUCUUGAAUCGCAAAAGCUUUACCUGCAAUGUGUCCCUCCGUGAGGACCAGGUCAGCAAUCCUAUCCGCCGGACUCCGGAUCACGGCUUUGGAGAUUGGGAUGAGGCGCAAGAACGGAACGAUAAGGAGUCGAUGCAGGAGAAGACUCAACAGGGUGGCCAGGCGAUGCGUGUGAUUAAACACCCACUGUUCCGACCAUUCAACUCUACGCAAGCCGAGGAGUAUCUUGGUUCGCGAAGCCGCGGCGAUGUUGUUAUUCGCCCGUCCUCUCGUGGACCCGAUCACUUGGCUGUUACCUGGAAGGUCGCGCAGGGUGUUUAUCAGCACAUUGAUGUUCUCGAACUGGAUAAGGAGAAUGAGUUCUCGGUUGGUCGCGUUUUGCGAGUGGGUGGCAAGUACAGUUAUAGCGAUUUGGAUGACUUAAUUGUCAAUCACGUCAAGGCGAUGGCAAAGAAGGUGGAGGAGAUGAUUCUCCACGAGAAGUUCCAAGACGGCAGCAAAGCCGAUACUGACCAAUGGCUGGAGACCUAUACUAAGGCCAACCCCCGUCGGUCGGCCUAUGCUUUCUGUACCAACCCCAAAUACCCCGGAUACUUCUAUCUUUGCUUCAAAGCAGGAGAGCAUGCACGCCUCCAGAAUUGGCCGGUCAAGGUGAUCCCUCAAGGCUAUGAGCUGCAAAAGAACCCGUAUCCAGACAUGCAAGCCUUGUGCAAUGGAUUCAAACUGAUGUUCAGCAACAUGCAAGCGGGCCGGAGAUAA